AUGACGUUUGGCGCCAAAUCGUUUCGUCGGAAUUUCAUUCAUCGGAUUUUGACACCGCAAGCACUUCGGAAACAGAGUGAAGCUUACAGGGAAACUGAAGCAUUGGUGAAGAAAUUCAAAACGAAGGUAUCGUUGGACAUCACACGGUCUUUGGGCGAAGACCCGCCGGAAAAGAAUGACACCUCAAAAAGUGAAAUAAAAGCAUCAUUCCGCCAUUUUUGCGAGCAGACUACCUUUCAUGGCGUUAAUAUGAUUUAUAGUACAUCCCUAUUAUGGGUUCAAGCAAUUUGGGCGAUUGUCUGUCUAAUAUCUUUAGGAUUUCUGUGUUUCUCUUUCACACACGUUUACGAGAAAUAUGCAAGAAGGGAAAAAAUUGUGAACGUUGAGCUGGAGUUCGAAUCAGCGCCAUUUCCAGCAAUCACUGUUUGCAAUCUGAACCCAUUCAAGAAUCAUUUAGCAAGAAGUGUUCCCGAAAUUAGUGAAACUUUGGACGCGUUCCAUCAAGCCGUUGUCUACAGCAAUGACGCUCAAUACGAUGAUUUUGGGAGAGGGAAGCGAAGUUUGCAAUCUCAGUCGUUCAAGUUUUUACAAUACGAGCCGGUCUACUCAAAUUGUCAAUGUGUUGAAGGAAAACAGGAAUGCAUUGCUCAGACAAGUGUCCCUCGCUCGUUAGAAGAAGCUUGCAUAUGUAAUUACGAUAGACAAGAUGGAAGUGCAUGGCCGUGCUAUCGAGCUCAAACAUGGGAGGAAUCAAUUUGUCCCGAGUGCAACGACAUCGGGUUUUGCAAUGUCCCAAACACCACUGGAACUGAUCAAAUCCCAUGCUACUGUCAAUUGGAAAUGGGCUAUUGUGUGUUCAAACCAGAAAGCCGUUUGAGAAGAGUUUGGGAGUUUCAAGGAAAGCAGAUUCCUGAAAAGGGAAGUCCUCUACGAAAAGAGUACAUUGAACAAUUGAGCCAGUUGGGAUAUGGAAAUAUGACGGAUCAAGUUGCGAUUACAACCCAGGCUCGAGAAAAAAUGAUUUUGAAAAUGUCUGGAUUGCAUCCGCAACGUAGAGCUGCUCUUGGAUACGGAAAGUCGGAACUGAUUAAAAUGUGCUCAUUUAACGGACAACAGUGUGAUAUAGAAAAAGAAUUCAAAUUACACAUCGAUCCAUCAUUUGGUAAUUGCUACACGUUUAAUGCUGAUCCAAAGAAAACCCUUGUUAGUACAAGAGCUGGUCCUAGUUAUGGAUUGAGAUUAAUGCUUUUUGUUAAUGCCUCGGAUUAUCUGCCAACUACAGAAGCCGCUGGUGUCCGAAUUGCUAUACAUGGCCAACGGGAAUGCCCAUUUCCAGACACAUUUGGAUAUUCUGCGCCAAUUGGAGCAAUAUCAUCUUUUGGAAUUUCACUGAGAAAAGUCAAUCGUUUACCAAAACCUUACGGAAAUUGUUACGAAAAAGAUAUGCCGCCGUUCAAUAAUAUUUAUAGAGAUUACAAAUAUGAGCCCGAAGGAUGCUUCCGAUCCUGCUAUCAACGAAGAAUUAUUGCAAAAUGUGGAUGUGCUGAUCCUCGUUUUCCAAACCCUUGGGAAAGAAGUCCAUACUGCGAUAGUCGUGAUAAAAAGACACUGAAAUGCCUGGCUGCGGAAGGGGCAAAAUUGUCGAUUAAAAAGAACCAUUGCAAUUGCCCACACCCAUGCAAACAAGAUCAAUACACUACGACAUAUUCAGCUGCCAAAUGGCCUAGUGGAAGUAUUCAGUCGAAAUGUGAUGAUCAAGCCCGAGACUGUAACAAGUACUACAGAGAACACGCAGCAAUGAUUGAAAUCUACUAUGAACAAAUGAGCUACGAAAUUCUACGCGAGUAUGAAUCGUAUUCGAUAUUCAAUCUUAUUUCUGAUAUGGGUGGCCAGGCUGGGUUAUUCUUAGGUGCAAGCAUAAUGAGUUGUGUUGAAUUCGUGUUCUUCAUUUUGCGAUGUUUGGGGAUCGCAUGCAAGUCCACUAAAAAGAAGAAGGAAAAGCUGCUCAAAUUUGAAGAAGAAGUUGAUAAAGUCACAGUUGCAUAG